AUGGAUGAGGAAGUGCUACUAUCUCCCGGCUGUCGAUGUUGUUUAACAGAAGAGAAGGAUAUGAUCUAUGUGUUCGAUACGCUAGAUGAAUUUAAUUCGACCAUCAGCGACCUAAUCGCCCGAAAUGGUGCUAUAGCGAUAUCUGAAAAUGAUGCCUUUUCCAAGUACAUUUGUGGCAACUGUCUUAAUGAUGUAGCGAUUGCCGAACGCUUUGUUCUACGUUGCCAAAAGACUAACGAUCUGUUGAUGAACCUCAUCUCAAACGAUGCGCAGAGCAGCAGUGAAAUAGCUGAUAUGACAAUAGAAGACGAUACUUAUGGUGAUUUGGCUAAUGAAAAUGUAUCUUAUGAGCUCGUACCAUCAGCACCACAUUCACCCCUAUUUGAAGAAGAAACCCCCGUCAAGGAAGAGCAAACGGUCGAUAUAUUCCAUCAGCUUGACGAUGGCACUGAUACAGCGAAAGAUGUCGAAAUCACUGAUACAAAAACGGCCGGGUUGUUGUUGUGCAUACAGCAGCAAGAAGAUGGUAGAAUAAUUGAGGAGUAUAUAGAUGAGUCGAAACAUGUUCAACUGCUUUAUACUAGCGAUACCCAAACCGAGAACGAUUUUCUGUACAAGGAAGAAACAAACGACCCCAGUGAAGACCUGUGCGAUGAGGUAUACGAGGAACAGGAGAAUGGUGAUACAUUUGAAGUAAUUCAAGCGAUAGACGAAGCAAACAUCGGUGGCAUUGAGUAUGGAUCUGAUGCAGAUAGUGUCGGUAUCGCGAACGAUUUGAAAUACAGCUGUGAACAGUGUGGGGCAAGUUUCGUCACCAUGAAACACUACGCUCGUCACCUGCUAUCGCACAGCAUUUUUGCAUGUGAAGAAUGUUUGAAAAGAUUCGACAGCUCGCAAACACUAAAAUCACAUCAAACCCGUUGUUUGCAAAGUGCUGACCAUGCAAAAAGUGUCUUCAGCGAUCAAAACAUACCGGACUGUUUGGAUCAACGGCCACAGAAAAAACUCUUCAUCUGUUCGUUCUGCGACAAACGGUGGGUUUCACAAUCCGCACUCACGGCACAUCUGCGAACACAUACUGGUGAACGGCCGUUCGGUUGUCGGCACUGCUCCAAGCGCUUUAAAACGUUGGCCGCAUUGGAUUUGCACGAACGGCGACAUUCCGGCACUAAACCGUACUCAUGCCUCGUAUGCGACAAACGGUUCACCGAGAGCAGCAAUCUAAAGGUACAUAUGCGACGACACACGAAUGAAAAAUCGCACGUAUGCACAGUGUGUAAUCGUGCAUUUGCACGUGUGUUUCUACUGCAACUGCACAUGCGAACGCACACCGGUGAGAAACCGUAUGAAUGUGAAAUAUGUGAGCGAAAAUUUUCUCAACAAUGUGACCUAACGGCACACCGACGAAUUCACACCGGUGAGCGCCCGUACGUUUGUAACAUCUGCGGCAAAGCUUUCGCUAAAAGCAAUGCAGUCGCACAACAUCUCAAGAUCCACCAGAAGCAUCUCUUACUGGAACCGAGCGUAAAAGGCACGGAGGAAUACAUCACGGGAUGA